AUGGAGCCAACUAACACUCUUCAUCAAUCGUCAUCGAACGCUUCAUUAUCCUCCCUCUUCAAUAAGGGGAAAAAAUUGACUGGAUUAUCUAAACUCUUUGCCAGUGAACAUGCGAAACAUGAUAAUCAUAAUCACCAUCAUCAUCAUCACCAUCAUAGUGAAUAUCAUUCACAGGCUUCCAAUGAUAGACUUCAACAGGAUCCAAUUCUUCAUGCCAGUAAGGAUAUUAUAGGCCAUAUUUUGUCGCCAAUGAAAUCCUCUUCACCACCUACUUCAAAUUCACUGACAUAUUCAAACUCAUCACCAAACGUACGUACCAAAAAUGAACGGACAAGUAGUGGUUCUGAUUCAAUUAAACAAAACCUCCCACCUUUUAUUAAUAAAGAUUCAACUACAUCUUCAACACCAAAUAUGCAUCACAAACAAGCAUAUACUAAUAACCUUAAUAAUACUAAUGUUAAAUUGACAUCGCAUAAUCCAUUGUCACAUCAUUUGCAUAAUCCAUUGAAUUAUACACAUAAUCCAAUUAAUUUACAAAAUGCUAAUUCAAAUUCUAUGACUACUCCAGCAUCAUCAAGAGCAUCUCCAGUUUCUGUAAUUUCAAGUUCAAAUAUAUCACAUUUGCAUCCAGUGGAAAUUUUACAAACAAAAUUGGAAAAUGAACAAAAUCAAUUAAAUAAAUCACAGCGUAAUCAUGAAAAUAUUCUUAAUCAUAAUCAAUAUAAUAAUUCAAGCAAUAAUACACCAAAGAAGAAGAAAAAAUCAUUAAAGUUGAAAAGAUUCUUUAAAAACUUCCAGACGGAAACAAAAUCUUCUCAUUCAUCAUCAUCAACAUCAACAAAACCAUCACUCUCUAAUAAUGUUAGUGAUAAUUCAGUAAGGAAAUCAGAGGAAACACCGUUGUAUGAUACUGAUAAUCCAAGACAACUAAUUGAAAAAUACGGUAUCCCAGGUAAGAAAUUGGGAGAAGGUGCCACGGGAUCAGUAUCAAUAGUUCAAGGAACUGAUGGGAAGAUGUUUGCCGUCAAGAUGUUCCGUGCUCCAAAGACAACAAAUGUAGUUACUUAUUCCAAGAAAAUUACUGUGGAAUUUUGUAUUGGUUCCACUUUACAUCAUCAGAAUAUUAUUGAAACAUUCGACAUGUUGAGAGAGGGUGAAACUUUUUUGGUCGUUAUGGAAUAUGCUCCCUAUGAUUUUUUCAAUUUGGUAAUGGCUGACCUCAUGACAACAAAGGAAGUUUCCUGUUAUUUCAAACAACUUUGUAACGGUGUCAAUUAUCUACAUGAUAUGGGUAUUGCUCAUCGCGAUUUAAAAUUAGAUAACUGUGUGGUCUCACACAAUGGGAUCUUGAAAUUAAUCGAUUUCGGGAGUGCCGUUAUAUUCCAAUAUCCCUAUGAAAACAAAAUUGUUAAGGCGCAGGGAAUAGUGGGUUCAGAUCCUUAUUUGGCACCUGAAUUAUUGAACACUAGUACUUAUGAUCCAAGACCCGUGGAUGUUUGGUCAAUAGCAAUUAUCUACUAUUGUAUGAUUCUAAGACGGUUCCCCUGGAAGGCACCAAGAAAAAGUUUCAAUUCAUUCAGAUUGUUUUGCGAAGAUCCUGAUGAUGAAGAUGACGUAGCAAAGGGACCUUACAGAUUAUUAAGAUUACUACCUUCCAAAUCAAGACCACUGAUUGCUAAAAUGUUAUUACUCGAUCCUAAGAAGCGUAUAUUAAUGAAUGAAGUAGUGAAAGAUGAAUGGUUCGCAUCUAUCAAACAAUGCUGUCAGGAUGAAAGUGGCAACUUGAUAGACCGUCCUAAAUCACAUAAGCAUCAUCUAAUAACUGAGGAACAACUAGAACAACUAUCGACGGAAAGAGCAAGAGUUGAGCACGAAAAGGAGGAGGAGAAGCAUAAGAAAAAGGAAAUGCUAAUGGAAGAUAUUGACAGAAUGUUAACUGAUUAA